CAAGCAUCGAGGAGCGAGCCUGGAGCGAGCUGCCCACGAUGAGGACCCCGCUGCGGGGACAGGCUCGGACGGGCGGGAUGCUGCUGCCCUUCGCCCUCUGUCCCCUAUGUCCCUCACCCGUGUCUCCCUCUUCGGACUCAUGAAGCCCCCCGUCGCUGAUGCAGGCCCGAGCUGCCGAAGAGAGGCGCGCAGAGGCCGGACGCAGCUUGGAGCAUGUACUGGCGUGUGGGGUUCGCCUGUACGCGCUCGUUUGUGCUUGAAUUUGGCGAGACCCAGGGCUUGUCCUCGUUCACCGGCCUUUUGCUGGGUGCCGCCUCCGACGAGCAGCUGUCGUUAUUCGGAUAUGUGAUUGCUUCGCCUCUGCAGGACUACGGCGGCGCCAUGGCAGCCCUGGGCUCGGACUCUUGGUGGAAGAAGACGCUGUAUUUGACCGGAGGGGCCCUGCUCGCUGCGGCUGCUUAUCUGCUGCAUGAACUACUGACCAUCAGGAAAGAGGAAGAGCUGGACUCUAAGGACGCCAUUAUUCUCCACCAGUUCUCCCGGCCCAAAUCUGGUGCUCCGUCUCUGUCCCCUUUCUGCCUUAAGAUGGAGACCUACCUCCGCAUGGUGGACCUACCCUACAAAAACUAUUUUGAUGGGAAGCUCUCACCUCAAGGAAAGAUGCCGUGGAUUGAGUAUAACAGGGAGCAGGUGUUUGGGACAGAGUUCAUCAUUGAUUUUCUGGAGGAGCGUCUGGGCGUUAGUCUGAACAAGAGCCUGACGCCGCAGGAGGUCGCCAUGUCUCGAGCUAUUACCAGAAUGGUGGAGGAACACUUCUACUGGACCAUAGCGUACUGUCAGUGGGUGGACAACCUGGAGGAGACCCAGAAGAUGCUGUCAGUGAGCGGGCCACUGAGUGACAUUCUCAAGUGGAUCCUGAGUCACCUGACUGGAGGCAUCGUCAAGAGGGAGAUGUACGGUCAUGGGAUUGGACGGUUCUCUAAAGAGGAGGUCUACUCUCUGAUGGAAAGAGACAUGCGCACACUCGCCACUCUGCUAGGUAAUAAAAAAUACCUGAUGGGCUCCAAAAUCACAACAGUGGAUGUGACAGUGUUCAGUCACCUUGCUCCAGCCAUGUGGACACUACCAGGAUCCAGACCAGAGCAACUCAUCAAAGGCGAGCUCAUCAACCUGGCCAUGUACUGUGAGCGCAUCCGACGGAGAUACUGGCCCGAGUGGUUUGUGGAACUAGAGGACUUCUACUACACAGACACCACAGAGCGCAGUGACUCCCCUUCCAAACUCCCUGACCUGGGCCUGUACUCACGCUCCAACUCCUCCUCCCUCCUUCAGGACGACUCGCCCACCCCCCUCACCCCUGUCUUUUACCAUAGCCCUGUCUCGCAAGGACAAACUCACUUGCCUAAGGACAUUGAGUCUCCAGACAGCGACCCCACGGGACACUCUCUAUAUGACUCGGAUAUGGACACUGAGUGCUCUGAAAUGGACCAGCUCAAAUGUUGACGAAGCAGAAAAAGUAGGAAACGUAGUGACACACUGUUCACCUCUGACCACUGGUGAAAUGCUUGUUCUUCAGUAUGCUGUAGAGCAUGACUGGUGAGUUUUCAAUGCAGGUGGACAGAGGGAUGGUAAUGCAAACUGCAGUGGAGGAAAAAGAGGUGAUUGAGUCUUUUAGAAAAUCAGGAGUCAAUGAUGCCGCUGCUGAGUAACUCCUCCACAAUGUUAGCUGCUGUCACAGUUUUUAACUUUAUCUAUCAGCAUGUUGCUGUAACUAUGGCAACUACACGUGACCCUGUGACCCCAAAGUCCAGCCUGUGUGUGUUAACUGAACCCUUGUCGCCUUGACAGAUAGACCACUGUACAGAACAAAUUCAAUGUACAUAUGAGCAAUUUGAAUCUUGAUAGAUAGAGAUAUACAAAGUAUAUAAAAUAUAAAUAGUAUAGAUAGCUUGCAAAUAUGAGUCUCACAUUAAUGUAAAUAGUCAUGUUGUGCCAGAGUUUGUCUUGUCACAAGAGUUCAUCUGUUCAUUCCCACACUGUUCAUAAUUGCAAUGUUUUUAGUAUAAAUGCCUUUAUUUAGUUCUUGAAAGAUUGAAAGCAUAUAAAGUUCAGGAGAGCUAAGGACUUUGCCAUAAGCACUUUGAAAAUUAAUUUACUAAACCAAAUUACCUUAACUUCUCCCAGUGUUUAUUUUUAAUCACUGACAACACUCAUAUCCAUUCCAUAACACUGUUAUCACAUCUAAAGUGAAUUAGUCUAAGAUGCAUCCAACAUUCAAGCGAAUGAAACAAUCAUGUAGAAAUAGUUUUAUUAGAGUUUAAAAGUACAUGUGCAUGGCUGGUACGUGCUCUGAAAAUCUCCCUUUAGACCUGAUACUUGUUUGCUGUCACUGGCUUCAGUUUGUUAAACAGUGGGUUGCUUAGAGGGGACAAAGCAAUACAGGUCCAUUUUGGUCAUUGUUUGUUUAUGUUGUGUUAAUGUGCAAAUGUGGUGUGUGUUUGUCAUUCAACAAAUGCACAUACUUCUGCUGUUGCACAUUUACGCCACAGGAAGAUGUCUUCUGUUUAUUACAUAAUGAAAGCAGUAGCACACUCAUUCACUCCUGAUCUAUUCUCCAAAGUCCAUUUAGGGAAUUUCUUGUGCAAAACUAUACUGUGGAGUGCAAUAGAGAUUGAUAAAAGUACUUUUGAGAAGCACUAUACUCAAAUAGGACGGGCGUAAGGACAAUAAAGCGCCAGGAUUUAAAAUUAACCAAAGUUUUUUGUUUCCUGGGACCAACGUUAAUGUUUAUAAACUGAACAUAUAUAACAUAUAUAAGGUUAUCCCACACAAGUGGUGCUUGUGACUGCAUGAAGUUGAAUUUGAAUCACCUUCCCACAUCUAAUGGUUCUUCCUUUUUAAUGAGUGGUCUUGUUUCAUCCAUAAGUUGUAAUGUUCACUUUACAACAGUGCCAGCAUAUUUUAUACAUUACUUAUUUAUCUUAUAUUUAUAUUUAUUUAUUUAUUUUGUCAAAUGUAAUGCCUUAUUGAUUUUGUGUGUACUGUAUCCAACACCAUGGAUUGUUUUGCACUUUAGAUGUGUUUUGCUAUUUGGCUGGUGUGUGUAUAAUUGACUUCCUUUGAAUACAUAUAGCAUACAUUGUCCAGUCUCAUGCAUGUUUGUCCACUGUUAGAUGUGUCAAACUCCAAAAUGGUCCUAUCCCAUAAAGUCAUGUACAGUUUUCCCAUAAAAGCAUUUAACUUUUCUCUAGAAAUACUCUUACUCUUUGCUAAAGUCUUGUGUCCCUGCAGCUGCUCAAUGGUCAUCCUUCACUUACGGUAGAAGCCAUAAACAUCGUCUGCUGUUGUCUGUGAUUUGUGCUAACUCCGAGUGUACAUAAGAGAGACAAAAAAUAACCAUGUGAUGUAAAAGCUCUUCAGAUGUUAUGAAUGUAUUGUGUCUUAUGAGCUGCGUGACAAUGGAUUACUCGUCAGAUUUCAUUAAAUAUACCUG